CGGAUAGAUUUAGCAGUUUGUCCUGCUGUUGACAUUAUAUUUAAUCUGUGUUAGGUGGGAGGGUGGUUGAGCUGCCCCUGUAAUUACCAAACUGUAUAAAGAAUUGGACUUGAGAAAGGAGUAUGCAGCGUAUUGUCACACGCCCUCAUUAGUCCCUUGUAGUACACAAGGAAUGUGCGAUGGACAAUACAACCGAUUAGAAUCGUGUCCUCCAAUAGGCUUAUGAAACCAAAGUGCUUGGAUCACCCUGAAGCAACCAACUUUUACAUGGUCAUGGUCAUAGUAGGGCUGAAAUAUGUUUGCAUUACUGGUAAACUCUGCACAUCUCCAAUGUUUAAAAUUAGUGUUGGUUGUUACGAUUAACAUAUUAUAUUAUAGAUUUUCAAACUUAGAAUUAAUAUUAAAAUCAAACUUUGUCAGUCGUCGUAUAUUAUAUACGCGAUUCAUACGUCAUAAAACCUCCCUACAAUUGUAUUGAGAGAGGAUGAAGAAGGCACAUUUCUCAUAUCAAGACAGCAAUUUAAGGGAAAAUGGGAACCGCCGCCCCUCAUGUAGUAGAGGACUGCCUCGGCCUCAUCCGGCUCUACAGCGACGGCAGCAUUUGGCGGCAAAAACCCGAGGUCGUGAGCAGCUUAUUUCCCGAAAUCGCAGAUGACACGGUUGUCUUCGAAGACUGCACCUACGACCCCCACCACGGCCUCUCCUUCCGCCUCUACCGGCCGAAAUCAGCCUCCCUUGGCCGCCCCCUCCCACUUAUCCUCUAUAUUCACGGUGGCGGUUUCUGCUUGGGCUCCCCCCGGAGUAACUUCUCCCACAACCCGUGUCUCCGGCUCACCUCUGGCUUAGAAGUGGUGGUUGUCUCGCUCGACUAUCGCCUUACGCCAGAGCAUCGGCUCCCGGCAGCGAUUGAGGACACGCUGGGUGCGGUGGAGUGGAUCAGGGGCCAGGCGGGAAGCGGAGAUGGACGGUGGAGCGGAGUGGACUUUGAGAGGGUCUUCGUGGCAGGGGACUCUGCAGGUGGGAACCUCGCGCACCAUUUGGCAGUCAGGCUAGGGCUUGGGUCGGCUGCGGCGGCACCGAUGAGGACCAGAGGGUUUGUGUUGAUGUCGCCUUUCUUCGGCGGGGUCGCCAGGACGCAAUCAGAGGAACGUCCAUCUGACCCCGUCCUAAAUUUGGAGGGAGCCGAUAGACUGUGGAGGCUAUCACUGCCGCAAGGAGAGAAUAGGGACCAUCCAUUUGCCAAUCCAUUCGGACCAUCCAGCCCGAGCCUCGAGCACAUGGCCCUCGACCCGAUAUUGGUCAUUGCAGGCGGAAAAGAAAUCAUGAGAGACCGCAUACGCGACUAUGCUCAAAAGCUGAGAGAUGUGGGGAAGACGGUAGAAUAUUCCGAGUUCGAGGGGCAGCACCAUUCCUUUUUCACCAGCGAUCCCUACUCAGAAGUUGGCUUUGAAGUCAUCCAAGUAAUUAGACGUUUUAUGUCCAAAUGCGAUUAAAGUGUAGUAUUUCGCUUGCUAUAUAUAAGCAAUGGUAGCUUCUGCAUUACAAGCAAUAAAAAUCUUCAUGUUGACAUUAUCGUUGGAGUUUAAUGAGAGAUGCUGGGGCACGAUCAGUUUCCUUUCAA